AAAGUUUGACAAAUUCUCGUAGAAAAGCAUUGCGCGCCCCAUUUGCCUGUGCCGAUACGAAAGAGCGAGGAAUGGCAGGAAAAGGCAACCCGGAUUCGUUUGAUCUUCGCCGCCGCGUCAUCUCCCCUCGAUUCUAGCUCCAUGACAGGAAACAGGCUGGCGCAUCAGCCAUUCUGGUUCCAAAGGGUUGUAAGGAAAUUUGAAUUCGCCAAAAGAGCGGUGCUUUUAUUGGUGCCAAGAGAGCGAUAACUACGCCAUCUACGCUACGUGCUGUGAGGGUCCAUUCGGUUACUUGUUCACACGUUAAGAAAUGGCUAAAAGAAAAGCUCUUAGUUUCGAUGAGAAAUUAAAAAUUAUACAGCAGUAUGAUGAGAAAAAAGGAGUUACGAAUAAGCAGCAAUUUGCAAAUGAAAUAGGAAUACCUGUAUCUACAUUAAAAACUUUAUUAAAAAAACGGGAAGAAAUUGAAUCCAGCGCCUUUUCAGGCAUCAGUAAAAGACGGAGGGUACGUAAAGGCAAAAAUGAGGAUUUAGAAGAAGUGCUGUACCAAUGGUUCCAGCAAGCUCGAGGAAAUAACUUGCCGAUCAAUGGACCCAUUAUGACGGAAAAAGCCAACGAAAUAGCCAAAGGCUUGGGCAUAAAUGAUUUCUCUGGAUCAGCUGGUUGGCUGGAUCGAUUUCGAAAAAGAUAUGGCAUUAAAUAUCGUCAAAUUAGUGGUGAAGCCGAAGCCGUAGACGACGACAGCAUUGCUCCCUGGAUAGAAAAUCUCCUCCCUAAUCUACUAAAAGACUAUGCACCUGAGGACGUAUAUAACGCUGAUGAAUUUGGAUUAUUUUUUAAAUUAAUGCCAGACAAAUCCUUAGUUUUAAAAGAUGAAAAGUGCCACGGAGGUAAGCUAAGUAAAGACAGACUGACUGUAUUAGCAUGUUCUAAUUGGACUGGAUCUGACAAGUUGAAGCUGAUGGUGAUUGGAAAAUCUAAGUCACCACGGUGUUUUAAAAAUGUGCGAACUUUCCCGUGCAACUACAAAGCACAGAAUAGAGCCUGGAUGACUGGGUGUUUGUUUACUGAAUGGGUGCAACAGUUGGACCGAAAAUUCGGUAAAGGAAAGAGGAAAGUCCUUCUGUUUGUGGACAACUGUCCCGCUCAUCCCAAAGGAAUCCCCCUCAAAAACAUCAAGCUCGAGUAUUUCCCCCCCAACUCUACCAGCAAGCUUCAGCCAUUAGAUCAAGGAGUCAUUAAAGUUUUGAAGCAGAAAUACCGUAAAAAGCUGGUACAGCGUUACUUACGUGAAAUUGAAUCAGGAGAGGACUCUUCCUGUAAAAUAAAUGUGUUGGAUGCUAUCCAUUAUGUUUCGGCUGCGUGGGAUGAGAUCGCGCCAGAUGUGAUAAGAAAUUGCUUUCGAAAAGCGCAUUUUGAGAGCAAAUCUAAUGAAAAUGACCUGAAUGUUGCGGAUUUUCUGGACAUCGAAUUUGAGGAACAGUAUCCUGGAUAUUGUUCAGUUGAUGAUGAUUUGCCUAUCACGGAAACUCUAGAAAUUCAGGAUAUGAUUGACAUGGCGAAAGAUGGAGAAUUCGAGGUUGAUAAUGAGGAAGAGGAAGAAGAUGAACCUCCCCAACUUCCCUCUUUUAUUAGCGCCUGCGAUUCCGUAAGCGUUUUGCGGCAGGCGCUCUCUUCUACCGAAAACUCGGAAGCGAUGCUGAGAGAACUUAACAGGAUUGAAAGUUUUAUAAUAAGAAAUUUUAGGAAACCAACUUCUUAUGAUGGAGGAAAGCAACUCCUUAUGGAGAAUUUUCUUACAAAAAAAUAAUAGCAUAGAUGUAACUAAGAUG